CAUUCUCGUCUUCAUCAGAAGAAGAAGAUCAACGGAUGUGAAAUAAAUUGGAGCGCACUUUUGAACACCACCGCCAUAGCAGCCACAAAGACCGCUUCCAGGGCGCAAGCACAACGACCCCCCGCCGCGGGUCAAGCAGGCGCUCGAGCUGCGGGGAGCUAGUAAGGCCCUCCCGCCGGGGGUCACCUACAACAAGAAAACGCAGAAGCUGCUCGUGACGGUCCGAGUAAAGAUGGAUGACGAUGGGGAGACCUACCCACUAAGCAAAGUGGUCGACCCGGAAUUGUCUGCAACGGCCGAGGAGGC